CCCGCCCUGACGCGACUCCCAAUACUGAUUGACCACGCGCCGUCGCCGUUCUCCUCUGCUCGACCCCACAACCCACCCGCUCCACAAAUUCAAUAGUUAUCAUGGCGCAAGGCCGUGACAAGAGCAAGCUAGCAAUUAAAUCCGGUGAUUUUUAUGCCGAUUCCUGGUCUACGUCGCAGUCGCGAGACGAGGUUCAAAAGAAGAGAGAGGAGCUGGCGCGUUUGAGAAGAGCAAAAGCGUCGGGUGCACCAGCAGGGAAAACAUCACCGCUGAAGAGGCCGCAUGAUACGACCGAGUCUGGGAAAGGUCAGCCACCUGCGUUGGGGAUUGGUGCGUUUACGCAUUUCCAAAACACAAACAAUAGAGCGACGGCCGGUGUCAGUAUCAAGCAGUUACUAGACGAGAGCAGGAAGAGCGGCAGGCCUGCUGCCGCCCCUAGCGGCGUGAAUGAUGGCGUUGGACCGGUUCUGUCGCGACGGCUUGGAGCGCAGCCUCAUGCGACGAAGAUCUCUAGCUCAGGAGUUCGAGAUCAAGCAGCGAAACCGCGUGUUGUCCGCAGCAAUGAUGUUAGCGUUGAGUUCACCGCGUUACCAACUUCGACCACCGCUCCUGCAGCUCCGGUUGAUUCAAAGCUGCAGUUUUUAAAGUAUUUGAAAGCGAGGAAGAAUCAAAUGGCGGAUCAGGAACGACGGGACGGAGAGGCUGCAGGCUUUACAGCUAAGAAUACGGACGACACAGACUACAAAGAUGCGAUUCCAAUCAGCGAGAGCAGCAGCGAUCUCAAGAUACUCGAAGCCAGCGAAGAUUUAGAGACACAGACGCAGGCGACGAUCAGGAGACUUGAUAGCGGGCGAGCUCUGAGCAAUUGCCCGCUCUGCGACAGUCCCCUGUCGGAGGCUAUUCGGGUCAAGUUUGGAAAGUUUGAGGAUCGGGUCAAACGAAGCUAUGCGAUCUGUCAGGCACACAAGAAAGAGAAAGUGAUGGAAUUGGCAGCAGGACGUAAUUACUCCACCUCGCUGAAUGAAAGCUCGCUGGAGAAGCGGGCGCGGAAAGCAGUGGCUGCGAUCGAUCUACCCGCGAUUCUGAACGGAGAGCAACACUCAGUCUAUCACGAGCACGCCAAAACAGCAGCGCAGAAGCAUGGCCGCAGACUGGAUGCGCUGCAGCAGAUGGAAGCGGGGCAGGGAGAUAUGCUUCCUGGAUACUAUGGCCUGGUAGGCAACGGCGUGAUGCUACGGGUGGCGAUGACCGCGUGCGAGAAGCAGAUUAGAGCGGCUGCUGCGCGGGAGCGGUGGAUUUCGAAUUUAUCGGUGACGGGGUAUGUCGCGAGUGUGUUAGUCCCGGAGAUUGCAGUGCGGUUGAUUAUGGAAGACCAAGGAUGCGAGAAGGAAGCGGCGGAGAAGAUUAGAAAAGAGAGUAUUGACUACGGACGCCUGAUGUUUGGUGAGACUCUGGAUCUGGUUAGUGAGGAGGAAGAGGUUUUUGAUCACGGGAAGACAGAGGCGAAGAAGGUGGGAACGAAGAAGGCUUCCAAGGACAAGAAGAAGACUAGCGAGAGGAGAUCAAAAGAGGUGAAAGAGCCGAAAGACAAGUCUGAGAAGGGAACGAGGCGGAAACAUUUGGACGUUGCCGCAAGGACUUCUUCUCGAGAAAGCAGUAGCGACUGGCUUUCGUCUGAUGUUAUCGAGCUUCCGAGCUCACCACUUGUUACACCGCCGGCUAUAAGAGAUCGCGAGGAUGUUCGGGAUAUCGAAGAUAUAGAGACUACUCCGAGAGCGUCGCAGUCGACCCCGGUUCGGCCGAAACGUCGAACACGGUAAUUCCAGGGACAGCCGACUUCAGUUCGGCCGACGCGUCGAAGACGGUAAUACGAGGAGCAAGUGAAGUGUCUCUGAAUGCAUGCAUAUCUAUCCAAGACUGGAAUAAAUAGUCGACUCGAAUACAGGUAGAGCUUCACUUAUGCUAGUUCUGCUGCCGAGCUUCGUGGCAGAAUACACUUUGAUAUGCCAACGAUGUUCCGCCGCAAUGUGCCAGUCCGACCAGGAUAGCAGCUCUACAGCAACAGCCGCCCUGAAGACGAUCAAUUCGAGGCGAACGUCGUGCGGCAGCGCCAUUCCGACUGUUGAAUGGGAUGACAGCCAGGUCACUAAUUAAACUCAAAAGAGCGAAGAGAUCGACGCCGCGGCCAAUCUUCUGCCCUAACCCGCAGAUUCUAGAAACUCUCUCGGAAGGGCUGUCUCGGUCGGUUGCAGGCUAUGCAGAUCCGGAGAGAGCACCCGUG